CCUGCUUUUAGCUAACGUUAGCCAACAAGCCCAUACAUCGGCGAUACAUUAUGACUUAUGAUGACAGUCGUGGCUUUUAUUUUAUCCUCAUACAAACCUAUCACAUUCACAGUUUCAGCGCAUGUAUCGCCUUAAAAACUAGCGUAUUAUAAUCUGUUCAUUCUUGAACACCGAGUUUAUGUGUUUGUUAGAUUUGGUGACCAGGCCAACCGGGGCGGGGCAUGGUUCAGGUUCUGACCAAUCAUGGCGCUUCUAUGUCAAACUCCGCCUUUCGCGCUCGCUAGGGCUCAUUUAUUGAACGCACUUCCUGACUCUGACCAGACAAAGGGGGGCGCUUAAGGUCGUUUAUGUCACGUCGAAUAGUAAACAAACAACCAUUGUAGACGUUUGACAUGUGCGCUUAAGAAAUAGCUUCCUGUGCAUUUCUAAACGUGCAGCCUCCGUCCCUCGGCAUCAUAUUUCAACAGCAGGAGCAGUAGCUACUCUCAUCUCCAGCAGUUCCAGCUCCACCUUAACAUACGAUGUCGGCUUUCGUGCAGUUUUUUUGCAUUGACGUCAACCACAUACAGCACGAAACAGAGGCUUUCUUCAUAUUUCGUAUGCUUGAGUCGAAAUAUGGACAGAUAUCCAGACACUGGUGCUAGUUUUAGACCAAUCUGACUGCGACAGUGGCUAAUUUAGCGCCCAUCACUUUGAGGAAGACACUGCGUCCAAGGAUACCCGCAACACAUCCACUGGUAAAGAAAUGACACAUUCAUUCUCUCUAUUGCUGUUGCAGCAGCUGUUAUUCAAAAUAGAUGGAGUGGGGGUUGGGGUUUAUGUAAAGCACACAAGGAGGCUGUCAAUGAACAGAAACAUCCUUCAGGUGUCCAAAAGAGAUUACAGUGAAGCAUUUUGUGUUUUGUCAAGGAAUCAAUCGUCUUUGGGUGGAGAGGGGAGAGAAGAUUUUAAGAGACAAGCCUGGGAUGAACGGGACAAGUGCUUUACUCUGUUAGUUUUAGCUGUGGCAAUUGUGUUUUCACUUCUGCCUCAACCUCCUCUGUGUACCCAUGUCUCCAUUUGCAGCAUUGUUCUACGUUAUUCCCUUGGGCACGAGAGCAGAUUGUCCCCUCAAAGAGGAACAUGGUUUUUGUGGUCCAUUGUGUUUCGGAAAAUGGGACCUGAAACUAGUCGCCAGGCAGCUGUGGUGACAUUUGAUAUGUUCCUCAGUGGAACAGUGCAGAGUAUUUUCAGUGCCUCUGAACAGAUGACAACAUAAUUAAGAUGCAUUUGUUCUCAGUGCCUUGGGGUAUUUGGCCGGAAAGACAUGUGAAACUCAACUUCAUCACAAUAGAUGUGUUGUUUUGUUUUAGUCUGAAGAGUUGCAUGUGUUAGACUUCCAACUGAUCAAUAUUGUUCAUUGAUGAGGUUGUGGUGGCUGCAUAUUUGUUCUGAUAAGCUUGUUAUUGUCACAAACAACCCACUAUAUUUACAAACCCCAAUAAUGAAUUUAAAAUGAAAAGUAAAGCAUCACUAGAGGAUAAGGAUAUUUUAAAACAACACACUAUGUGGAUGCUCUGUGUCAGAGGAGUUCAGAGGCUUUACACUUCAACCCACUCUUAUCUUCUGCUCAUAUGUUUAUUUCUCUGCCCUUGUAGUGAAAAUAUUCUCUUCCUGAAGUCUGUUCUAGGCCGGUGAUGUUUCUAAUUCAGUAACUUCAUUCAGUAGUUUGCCUUAGUGCAUCCUAAAUAUUUAUCAGACAACAACUUCUAAGAUGCAGCCUGACGAUGGUUAUGCAACAUUCUGAAGUGUGUUCUCCAUCCGAGAGCAGGGCGGAUGAGAGGCUAACUCAGGCUACAUCCUACUCCCACCCUGCAUACCCGAGGCUGCAGCUGGGGUAAGGUGGGUGGGGUGGGGUUUCCACAGCUAAUUCUGGUGCAAUUAAACUGGCCAUUAUAAUAAGGAGUCAUUGUAAUAAGAUAAACUAAGACUGUCCAAUAGAUGAGAAGCCAGCAUUGAGAGGAUUCCAGUUUAAGUUUAAGUAAUAAUGUCCAUUCUCUAUUGUCAUAAUGUGAUUUAAGCAGUCUUGACACCGAAUGUCAAAUAAUUAGGCCAGCCAACCUACUACACUUUGUAAUUGUACUGAGAUUUCUGUCAUGCUGGUAGGCUUCCUGUCAUAGCUGUCAGGUUGGGUACUAUAACAGAAAAAACAGGUACAAUCAUUGUUCAGGACACCUGUCAUAACACCUGCCUCCCAGCAGAUCAACUAAGCUCUCGCAGGUGACAUUUUUUCAUAAUGACAAGACAUUAUUAAAAGUUAAUGACACUGGUAUUAACACACAGGAAAAUGUUUUUUAAUGUUUUAUAUGUAUGUUUCAGUUGCCCAGAGUGCGGCCCAGGCAAGAGCCAGCGACCGCCACAUCAGGCACCAUGAUGGAGGGGGGCAUGCAGCUGCUCAACCGCGAUGGCCACAGCAUCUCGCACAACUCGAAGCGCCACUACCACGACUCCUUCGUGUCCAUGAACAGGAUGCGACAGCGUGGCCUGCUGUGUGACAUUGUGCUCCAUGUCUCCAACAAAGAAAUCAAGGCGCACAAAGUGGUGCUGGCAUCCUGCAGCCCCUACUUCCACGCAAUGUUUACCAAUGAGAUGUCGGAGAGUCGGCAGACCCACGUGACCCUUCAUGACAUCGACUGUCAGGCUUUGGAGCAGCUGGUCCAGUACGCCUACACAGCAGAGAUUGUGGUCGGGGAAGGCAAUGUGCAGACGUUGCUCCCGGCAGCCAGCCUGCUGCAGCUCAACGGGGUGCGGGACGCCUGCUGUAAGUUCCUCCUCAGCCAGCUGGACCCCUCCAACUGCCUGGGCAUCCGGGGCUUCGCUGACACGCACUCCUGCAGCGAACUGCUCAAGUCAGCACACAAGUAUGUCCUGCAGCACUUUGUGGAGGUGUCCAAGACAGAGGAGUUCAUGCUGCUGCCACUCAAACAGGUCCUGGAUUUGAUCUCCAGUGACAAUCUCAACGUGCCAUCUGAAGAGGAAGUGUACCGGGCUGUGUUGAGCUGGGUGAAACAUGAUAUAGAUGGACGAAGGCAACAUGUACCCUGGCUGAUGAAGUGCGUGCGGCUGCCACUGCUGAGGCGAGACUUUCUGAUGAGCAACGUGGAUACAGAGCUGCUGGUGCGACACCACUCGGAGUGCAAGGACCUUCUGAUCGAGGCUCUCAAGUACCACCUGAUGCCCGAGCAGAGGGGAGUCCUCAGCAACAGCCGGACGCGCCUGCGACGCUGUGAGGGUGCAAGCCCUGUGCUCUUCGCCGUUGGUGGCGGCAGCUUGUUUGCCAUCCACGGAGACUGCGAGGCAUAUGACACCAGGACGGAUCGCUGGCACAUGGUGGCUUCCAUGUCCACUCGGCGGGCACGGGUGGGCGUGGCAGCCAUUGGGAACAGACUUUAUGCCGUUGGAGGGUAUGAUGGCACCUCAGACCUCGCAACCGUGGAGUCCUACGACCCCAUCACUAACUCGUGGCAACCAGAGGUUUCUAUGGGCACACGGAGGAGCUGCUUGGGUGUAGCCGUCCUGCAUGGCCUGCUGUACGCUGCUGGUGGUUAUGAUGGAGCCUCCUGCCUCAAUAGUGCGGAGCGUUAUGACCCUCUGACCAGUACAUGGACCUCGAUUGCUGCCAUGAGCACCCGUAGGAGAUAUGUCCGAGUAGCGACUCUCGAUGGCAGCUUAUAUGCAGUGGGAGGUUAUGACAGCUCCUCACAUCUCGCAACAGUGGAGAAAUAUGACCCCCAGAGCAACACGUGGACGGCUAUUGCCAACAUGCUGAGUCGGCGCAGCAGUGCCGGGGUGGCCGUGCUGGACGGCAUGCUGUAUGUCGCAGGGGGCAACGACGGCACCAGCUGCCUGAACUCUGUGGAACGGUUCAACCCCAAGGCCAACACCUGGGAGGGAGUGUCCCCCAUGAACAUACGCAGGAGCACCCAUGACCUGGUGUCUAUGGAUGGCUGGUUAUACGCAGUGGGAGGUAACGAUGGCAGCUCCAGCCUCAACUCCAUCGAGAAGUACAACCCACGCAGCAACAAAUGGGUCGCGGCCUCCUGCAUGUUCACACGGCGCAGCAGUGUAGGCGUGGCUGUCUUGGAGCUGCUGAACUUCCCACCACCCUCCUCACCCACCCUCUCGGUUUCCUCCACCAGCCUUUGACACGGGGUCACCGCUUGGCUGACUUCAGCCUCUGCUGCUCCAGCCCAGACUGGCUCUGGGAAGAAACGCAACUGCUCGGUUUGAGACUGGGAGGAGGAUGGGAGUGCACAGGUAAAUGGAUGGAGGGGGGAGAAGAGAAAGAGGGAAGAUGAGAAUAAGGCUCCUGUGGUCAUUAAUAUACAGUACCCUCCAAAAUUAGUGGCACUCGUGGUGAAGGUUGGCCAACCAUGGUUUACAAAAAAAUUACAAUGUAAUAAAAACAUUUUAAAUGUGCAGCACCCAAAAAAUAUUCCACAGGUAACUAUUAAUUAUCAUGAACAGUUAAGGGACAACUUAUGAUUCCUGAAUGAUCCAACACAAGAUAUUACAUUUCUAGUUUUUUUAUGGUCACACCAAUCUGGCUGCUCUUUACAAAGUUUUCCAUUAAUUCUGGACUGCACUGUAUCUGGUCUGGACACCUGACACUGCACCAUACGGAUGCCAGCUCCCACUCUCUUCAAGAGUCUAAAGAUGUGCCUGGAUGUGUUAGCAUGUCCUCGAGCUCCCGUUUUUUUCUCUCCCACCACUCCAGUGUUUGACACUCAUCGUGAAACACGGUGGACACUUCUGUCAUGCGUGAUGUAAAUGUUUUUGGUUUGAUGUUGUUGUCCUCUGCAAUACUUUUAUUUUGAUGUCAAGAUUUUUUGCAAUAAUGUAAAAAAAAGAAGAAGAAGAGAGAAACUGAAUGACUUUACUUUUGGAAUGUAGCUUUUGACUCAGUAUACCAUGCAUGUUUACGGAUUGGCAUUGACUCCGAACAGGAGGAUAAAACGUAGUGCCGCUGUGCCACACUAGGUGGCAGUAACAGGCAAUGUUAUAAACCCUUCCCUCACUGCAGGACAGCAUGGACACAGACAACAGAGAGAAGUCAGCCCCUCAGAACUGUAUACGAGUUUGAUCCUUUUUUUUUAUAUAAAAUAGAGAAGAAUUGUGUUUAACUAUAUGUAUUUAUAAAAAAAUAAAUUAUAAAUUCUAAUAUAUUCUGUUUUAAAGUGAGGAAACAGAUCAGACCUAUGCCUAUUUAAGAGUGUUUUUAAUAUAUUUAUUUAGGUGUGUGAUGUGCAUAUCGUCAAUUGAAAUGACAAAGAGAAUGUCUAAGGGAGAGAGAGAGGUUGUUGUUCAGUUUAUGUGCAUUUGGAGUUUCUCUUGGUUAAGAGGAAUGAUUGUUGCAUUUCGAUAUGCAGCAUUUGAUUUACAUUUCUUAAUGUUUGUUCACUGCCACAAGCAUGAUCACACUUGAAACUGUACCUUUUGUCUGCUACAUUUGUGCAAAAGGCUUUAGUUGCUUGCAAACCUAUUGACCAGUCAAUGAAAGGACUCUAUAUCGUCUUAAAUUAUUUUUAAGCGGACAUGAAGGUGGAUAUAAUCCUUGGACACAUGAAAAGUUUAAAAUGACAUUAAAGCAGCAAGUACUAGUUAACCUACUGUAUACCAACACUUGACACUAAUGAGUAAUGCCGUUGACACUUGGUGCUGUCAUAUCUCCUUCCAUACAUUAUCAAGUGUGGUGUCUUGUUCUAUUACCUCAUUGUUGAAACGGAUCAAACGCUAUUGCAACAAAGUUGAACUAGAAACAACUGUACAAUUAUCUGCAGAUAUACUGGCUAUCCAACGUGUGGUGGACGACUUGGGAAUGUCACCACUGAACUUCCAUUGUCUAAAAUAAAUGGAUUACCUUGAGUCUUCGUGACGCAAUUAAUACCCGGGUUCAGUUCAGAUGUUAUGUAGCGCAGUGAUACUAAUCCAAACUUCUGAGAAGUUGCCUUUUUUUUUCCUUUUUCUUUUGAAGGAUUUUGUUGAUCCAGUUCUGUUCAUCUCUAACUACCUUACUGUUCAUUUGUUAGAGCGGACCCAGUAGAAUAGUGGCUGUGAUGGUCUUAUGGAGAGUCAGGGCCAGACUUUAAGAGGUGUGCACACAAAACCACAUAAGACUUUGGCCUCCAUUCUGCUGAUUGAACUGUAAAUACAAAAAUUGUGAAUCUUAAAUCCAUUUGUGCAAUUCCAAUGUGACUGUAGCUAUUUUUCAGUUUGUGUUCGAUGUGGUGAUAAUUGUUUAUUUAUUAUAUGUUUGUUAUUUAUGAGGAACUUUAAAAUAUUGAAUUUUGCACUAUUGCGAAAUGGAGCAAUACACUGUAAAAAAAAAAUGAAAUAAAGACGUUUUCAGAUGUGA